UUUACUACGAUGCCCUGUCAGCACAAGCUGGUGGGUGCACCUACAACUGUGGGGCCACUGCAAACUACUCUCUCCGAUUCUUCCUUGUGCCUUCCCCGGCCGGUAAUACCUUUCAGUCAAUCGUUAGGUGAAGCUACUACCCAUCCCUUUCCUUUUUGAUCCCACAGGCGCCAUUAGAAUCACUAUAAUUCAUCACCAGAUUUGCAAAAACAAAGAAAGACAAACCACCAGAUUCAUCUGCCAAAAAACCAACUCCACAAUUGCAAAGCAGGGAAUGCUGAAUCGACCCCCAUGGCAGCUGCAAAAGGUCACAUUAAACUCAACCUACAAUCCAGGUCAGGCAGUUUCAUAGAGCCCCGGCUCGGGCAAUGGAAGAAGACCAGGGCAGGGACCUUAAACUUUUCUCAAAAAUCCCGCGGGGGGGUAAGAUUCAGAGCAAUCAGAAACCAAAAGAAGCAGAUCAGCGACAGACCAGUAGUUAUAAACGGCAGCACGGCCUCGAUCCGGAGCAGCUCAGACGAAGAGGGCAUUGAGGGGAAAAAAAAUGGAAUCCGGGUCGCAUACCAGGGCAUUCCAGGGGCGUUCAGCGAGGCGGCGGCCAUAAUGGUUCAUCCGGGCUGUUCAGGCGUACCGUGCAAGGCCUACGAGGAUGCCAUCUGGGCCGUGGAGUCACGCAGGGCAGACAGAGCCAUUUUGCCCGUGGAAGGGACUCUGGAAGGCAACGUGGUUCGAAACUACGACCUGUUACUGCACCACAGCCUUCAUGUCGUGGACGAAAUACAGCUCUUUGUGAACUACUGCCUCCUUGCAGCCCCCGGUGUUCGAAAGGAGGAUCUCCGGCGGAUUAUCAGUCAUCCGAUGGCUUUGGCCCAUUGCAGCCAUGGGCUUGCUAAGCUCGGAAUUGGGGCUGAGGUGACCCGGGAGGCUGUGGAGGACACGGCCGGAGCUGCUGAGUCUGUAAGUUCCGGCGGAUUGCAGGAUACGGCCGCCAUUGCCAGUUGCAGGGCUGCGGGAAUUUAUGGCCUUGAUGUUCUUGCCCGUGGUGUGCAGGAUGAGCCCUGGAAUGUUACCAGAUUUCUUGUUCUGGCUCGGACGCCUGACGUCUGGUCUGAGACUGGUGUGGAACCAGAAAAGGGCGAGAGGAACAGAGAGGGGACCCGGAGGGCUUGGAAGACCAGUAUUGUGAUUGCCCAUGAGGGUGGGCUGGAUGUGCUCAUGAAGGUUCUGUCUGUUUUUAACAAGCAUAGCAUUAAUUUGACGAAGCUUGAGGUGAAGCCAAGGAGUAGUAAGGCUCUGCGUGUUCUGGAUGUUAAUGGCGGAGGGACUGUUCGGCAGUUUGAGUUUGUGUUUUAUAUUGAUUUUGAGGCUUCCAUGGCGAAUCCUAAUGCCCGGGAGGCUCUGGAUGAGGUGAGGGGUUUUGCUACUUUUGUCCGGGUUUUGGGAUCGUAUCUCUCGGAUUCGAAGAUCCAUAGCCUUGAUUGAUGAUCAGCGGGUUUGAUUGUAGAAAUUGGGCGAUUGAUUUGCCCUAGAAGUGUUUGAUCCAGAAGUAGUUGGGUAUCCACUGUGGAAUUUGUAUGUAAUAAAAAUACUAAAAUUGGGGGAUUUGCCCUAAAAAGUGUUUGUUACAGUGGUCGUUGGGUGCCCAAUAUGGAGUUUGUAUUGAAUAAAAAUGCAUAGCAGGGAUGUAUCCAGUUUUUUAAAUUUGCUUGCGAAAGCUUUGAAAUUGAUUCCAAGUUUUGAAAUGAGUUGGUGUUUAGUUCUGAUUGCUUGUCCCUGGGAAAGCUACCAGUACUCCUUAUAGCUAAUUUCAUAUACCUGAAGUUUUUAAACAAUAUAUACAGACUUUCUUUAUGCACGUCA